UUGACCCAUGUUCUCGCGAGAGGUGACGCGGCUCGUCGCGAGAUCCUCUGCAGCAACAAAUCGGCCGAUUCUGAAGACGAUCUGCUCGUUUCUGCGACGGUGUCAUGGAGGUGUCGUCGCACAGCCUCUUCCUGCUGCAGCAGCUGAACGUGCAGAGGGAAUUUGGUUUCCUGUGUGACUGCACCGUCGCCAUCGGAAACGUCUACUUCAAAGCUCACCGCGCUGUGCUGGCUGCCUUCUCCAACUACUUCAAGAUGAUCUUCAUCCACCAGUCCAGCGAGUGUAUAAAGAUCCAGCCCACGGACAUCCAGCCGGACGUCUUCAGCUACCUGUUGCACAUCAUGUACACCGGUAUGUGUCCCAAACAGCCGGUGGACCAGAGCCGGCUGCAGGAGGGCAUUAAGUUCCUUCACGCCUACCAGCUGUGCCGCAAAACUGGUGAGGGUGCUGCUGAGACUGCUAACAACGUGGUCCGCAUGUCCAACCUCUAUGGCAUUCAGAUCUCUUCCCAGCUGGCCAGCAAGGAGGGACCCGGAGUCCCCAAGACCACCACGGUGUCCCGCGGGGCCGAGGAUGGGCGGUCCUCUGACCGAGGGGCCCGGUCUCACUCCCAGCUGUCCCUUGCUGUCGGACUGGAGGGGGUAUCAUCGGACCAUCAGGCCUCAGCGCUACGUUGCUCUGUGGCAUCCGGAGACGAUUCUGACAUCUCAACUACCCAUAUCAAGCAGGAACGCUUAGAGGAGGAGGAGGACGGCGAGGAGGGUCCAGGUGCAGGGUCUCCAAUUCAGGACAGCAGUCCUAUUCAGGGCCUCCUGUUCAAAGACCGGCCGCUAGUGCUGCUCUGUCCCCGCUGUGGAGAGCGCUGCUCCUCCCCAGAGGGCCUGCGGGAGCACCUAUUCAGCCACGCCCUCGACCCCGCCCGUCUCAUGGAGGGGCUGUCACAGGGUGGCGAGCUGGAAGCCGGCCUAGAGGAGGGUCCUCCAGGAACCCAGGAGCAGCUGGAUGCAGGAUGUUUGGAGGAAGCUCUGAGACAGAGCCAGGCGCUAGCCAACCAGCUGGCUGCUGAGCUGAGGCGGAGCCGAGGAGGUGGUGGGAGUGGAGGAGGGGGGAGUAGCCCUGCUCCCUCCCUGCACUCACGCAAACGUAAGAUUGCCUGCGCCGUCUGCAGCCUACGCUUCUCCCACAAGAGCCAGCUGCAGGAGCACAUGUACACCCACACAGGCAAGCCGUCCCGCUACCACCGCUACAAUCGCCUCUGCAGCCAGCUCUUCCAGGCCUCCGCCCACUUCUGCGACAGUGCUGCUGAGCCUGGGGGAGGGGCUGGGGGUGGAGCUUCAGUGGGCACCCCCAUAGCUCUCUCUGAGGAGCCCAACAGGGACACUCAGGACAAUGGCAGCUCCUGCUACUCCCUGGACUCUGAGAUCUCCCAGGAGAGUGUGGACGGCGUUCCGGUUGAGUGAUGCCAUCUGUUAUGAGGGAUGUGAUUGGACGGAAUAGUAAUUUCCGCAGGUGGUGGUGUUCUGAGUGUUUGGUCUGUACCUGUUUGGGAGUGUCUGUGUUUAAUCCAGUGAUGUGAUCAUGAGGUGCUGAGGUCAGCAGGUCGGACUGUUUGAUGCUCAGAAACGUCAGCAAAACCUGACUGAUUGAUGAUUAAUAAUUAAUUGAUUGGGAACUGUUUCUCCGGUUUGAAACAUUUGCUGAUUUGUGCAUGUUGAACAAGUUUCUGGACUCUGAUUACAUGAUUCGUUGAUUAAUCAGCAGAUUAAUCAGAGAUUAAUGAUACAUCAGUACUUUGACUAAUGUCACUUCCUGUCAUUCAUGUCACUGCUUUGUAUUUCCUUCUCUGAAAUUGAGCUGCCAGAGACUCUAAACCUGAAAGCAGCCAACAGUGAAGCCCAUCCGAGUCUGAGAGGACUGUGAGGAAGAGGAGAUAGUGAGCACUGUGAUGUCAGAGCGAUCUGUGAUGUCAGAGCCUUUCUGUGGAUGCACUGACAUGUGCAAACUACAAAAAGCGAACUACUCAGAUUUCUGUCAUUUGGUGUCAGAGUGUCGUAUGUACAAGGUGUAAUCUACAAGUUAUGAGAACAGGUCCAAACCAAAAACUGGAUUUAAAUCUGGCAGAUGUCACAUUCAGGAUAAUCUUCCCCUGGUUUUUGGAUCUUUCAGUGGAAAUCGUGUCAGUUCUCCUUCCAGUUUUAUUCUUUUACUCACGUUUUCUUUCCCUCCAUCUUGCCACACAGGUUUAGGACUAAAAUGUACAGCAGUAAACCCUCUCAGUGACAAAUAACGACUAAGCGCCGUACACCUUACAUGUAAAGUUUGAGUUAGUCUUUUGUCAGUGUUCAUCGUCAGAAAGAGAGUACGAGGCUUCUUGUUUCUGUCCUUUUAGUGUUGUCCACAAAGAAACAAAACUACAGUGCAGACUUCAGUAAAUAACACUGUACUGUUAAACGUAUUCACUCCUCUGCAUAUGACUAAUAAGAGUUACUUCAAUAGAACUAAGGGGCGGAGUCCAAGUCCUGAAAAGCACACUCACACCAUAAUCCCCCCACCAAGCUUUACAUUUGUCCCGGUAACCACUGAACCUAGAUUCAUCCAUUAGAGUGCCAGAUAGAGAAACGUGAUUGGUCACUCCAGCGAACAUGUCUUCACUGCUCUAGAGUUUAGUGGCAUUGUGCUUUACUCCACUGCAUGUGACGCCUUCAUUGCCCUUUGUGAUGUAAGGCUUAUUAUACAAAUGGUCACCAUGGAAACCCAUUCCAUAAAGGUCUCUAAUCUGAAGGCCACAUGAAGUCUGUAGUGGUUGACUCUGCAGGAAGUUGGCGACCUCUGUGCCUCAGCAUCGGCAGAAAGUUUAUCACCACAGAGUUACAAACGUUAUCAGAUGGAAUACAACAAAAACAUGCAGAUCAGAACAUGCAGGAAACACAAGACAGUGUCCUGGUUAGGACGAACAGAUCUCUUUGGAGGAGCUUGAAACGUUCAGAUUUUGCUUCUGAAGGUUUUCCAAUGCUACACAGAGCUUUGAGAAGAUCCCGAGUACCCUGAAAAGGAGUGACAUCCUCAGAGGUUUGAAUGGAUAUCUGCCAGUGCAGUGAAUUUACACCCAGCUAACAGUCAACAGGACAAGGAGAAGAAGGCAGCAGCUACAGAAACGUACUGGCAGAAAUGACCUGAAGCCACCUGGGUUCUCGGACCUCUGCAGGUUCAAUAAUGAUGACCUGUCAUUGAGAUUAGCCAGGGUUAAACCAGGUUUUUAUUGGACCUCUUCGCUGAAGCGGCUCACACCCACUAACCUCAGUAUGCAGCACCAAAGACACAGAGGCAGAGCUAACGGUUCAGAUCAAAGCCACGACCUAAUGUCAGUCAUUUUCUGCCAAAUUGAGCAGAUCCGAAAGCUCUUAACUUCAUCCUGCCUCUGUUCUGCUUUUCUUUAGUUUCUGCUAAAGAGCUUACAGCGUGAGAUGUUGCAUUUUACCGAGGUAAAAAUUAGUCCCUGUAGAAAAAUCUCUGAUUGAGGUGUUGCCCCUCAGCGGGCUUCCAGAAGCUGUUCAAUCAGGAAGAAGUGAGCUUAAACGGGCGCUCACACACAGAUGGGAGGAUUACACUGAGGGUGCUCUUACACGGAGUUGGGAUUAAAAAGCAGCUGAUGGUUUAACUUCAUUUAAAGGACCAUUCAACAGUUUCUUCCAUCUGACUCGAACAAAGGCAAGCACAAAAAAAGACAGAAAGGACAGGUGGGAAAAUAAACGUGUCCCAAUCUGUGGGUCAGGACUCUCGCUGGUUCCCAGCCUACGCCCACAGGGGCACAUUUUUUAUUUACAUUUUUAAAUAAAGUUUUAAAACUAUUCAAUCUUUUUUAUAUUUAUCAUAAAACUGUGAAAA